AUGGUUGAUCGUAUAUCUGAUGAUAGUGGAUUGACUUCAGAUGAUACUUGGGAGAAAAAAGCUGAUUUGAUGACCAAAUCUGCUUCCGAACUUCAUAAAAGUGCAUCUUUAAGAUACCCUAAAAAGCCAAGUCGUUUAAAAAGCUCAUCUCAGUCUCGAAAUGACGAUUGUGAUGAAACAUCGUCAACGACUGAUUCGUCACCAUGGGAUGAAAAACUUAAGCCAGUGCCAAUGCCUCGAGCCACUAAAUCGAAAUCGAUUAGUGAAAAGGAGAAAUCCACCAUACAAAGGAUUAGUCUGAAUUCAUAUGAUGAUGAAAAUUAUUAUAAGGACGAUGAGGAUGAAGUCUUCGACGAAAUCGACUUUGCACAAUCGCCAAAUGAGAAAAAUAUGGUGGACUAUGUUAAUCUCAAUGAAAUGUUUUUAAUAGGAACAAAUGAUUACUUGUCAAAUGCCACUUCUCCGCCAGCUUUACCAGUACAUAGGCCUCCUAAUCAGUGGGAAAUAAAAUUGUACCAAACCGCAGAUCAUUGCCUGAGUACAGUGCUUACUGAUGAACAAUUAGCUUAUUGCAAUUCGAUGUUGCAAAAACUAAGUUUUGCUGAUAAUGUAUGGCAUUACUAUUCGACCAGUGAUUUGUGUUCAUCACCAUCUCGCAGAUCAGAACAAAGUUCGUGUUGCUCACAGCGACGCCAUAGCCACGAGAUUACGGUGGUUGCCAAAGAAUGCGACUAUUAUGUUCCACCUGAUGCUGGGACUUAUAUUCGAGCUGCAUUAAUUGCUUCUGACGAAACGAUAGAGAAAUGUGGCUAUCUUAUCCAACUAAGUGAUAGUAGAUUGAAAUCGCUAAAACGGCGAUAUUUUGUCCUGAAAGACGGAUAUUUAACUUUGUUCAAAAGUCAGAUUAUCACAUCGGGCAAUCGUUAUUGUUAUAGCGGUGAAUCAGAUAAAGUUACCGAUGAUUGGUUUAAUGCUUUAAAUAAUAAUUUGCGUGCGAACACAAUUUCUGAAGUUAUUCAGAGGUGUACUGCACUUGAUGCAUCAAUAAGUGGUUAUGUCGUAAGGGCAAAAUGCGGUAAUUCCAAGAGAUUCUUUGCGGCUGUUGUUGGAAGUAAACUUAUUUUUUUCAAAAAUCCCGAUGACAAGAUACCUUGCUCUCAUAUUCUGCUGAAAGGUGCUCAUAUUUGUGAAAAACCCAAUGGAUCGACCGAUGAAUACAGUGGUAGCUCAGAUGAGCAAUGUGAAAAUAAAACUUCUAGCGAUUUCGAGCAUACUAUUUCUAUUGAAGUUUCUGGUGCUGACCCGGUUUAUAUAGUGUUGAGAAGUGCAGAAGAAAAAGAUAAGUGGAUCUACUUUUUAAAAAAAUCUGCUGACGAAGCAGUUGGGCGAUCUUCACCUUUUGAAGCCUUCAUUCAAAAACUUAUGGCAGAAAAUUCUAUUCAUGAAAGUCCACUGUGGCAAGAAUUAAAAAAAUGUGAUGAACGAUGUAAAGAACCACUUAUAACCACAGGUAGCAAUACUUUAAUAAAAAAGGCUGUCGAACUGGGUCGAGCUUGUUAUAUGUUUACAUUUGUAUUGAUGAGACCUGCCGGUGUUCAGUAUCAUAUCGACCUGGCUCAGAAUAUUUUAUCAACUGCGGUUUCUAACGAUUCGCUCAAAAAUGAACUAUAUGCCCAUUUGAUUAAGCUUACUUCUGGUUCUAUGGCUUACGGAAUUCAAGCAUGGAAAUUGUUGGCAUUAACAUGUCCGUUAUUUACGCCUCGCCAAUAUUCUCUUCUAUGGUUGCUUCGUCGGCAUAUCGAAAGGUGGAUGGCGGAAAUAAGCGAUGAAGGAAGAUUUGCUGUGUAUUGUGAACGUGCAUUAAAUCGUUGUCUGAAAGAAGGUGAUCGACUAGAGGGACCAAGCAAACUGGAAGUUAUAUCAAUAUUGACCAGAGAUCCAACAUCGACGAAAAUGCCUCACAGUAUGCCUGUACUUCUUCCCACUGGUAACUUUUAUGUUAUCGACUUCGACGGCUCAACAGACAUUGGUGAUUGCUUAUCAGUAUUGUGCGUUCAGUGUGGAUUACGACCUGCUUUGUUAAGCGGAUAUGCACUCUAUAUAGAAGAUGUCAUGGAAGAAGGCUCUUAUGUGCUUUUGAAAGGAAAACAAAAGCUUUGUGAUUGCUUAUCUCGAUGGGAACGCGAAUUAAUAAGCAAUAAAAGUGGUCGAGUGACCGAUGAAAGUGCGCGAAUUCGUCUAGUCUUACGUAUGCGACAAUACUGGAGCCAUUUAGAAUCAUUUGAAACAUCGAAUGAACGAAUUUUCCUUGUCUAUCGAAUGGCUAGCGAAAUUGUGCAAGGAAAAGUCCCUGUGAGCUCCGAACUUGCUGAAGAACUCGCCGCAUUAUAUGCUCAAAUGAUUUAUGGUGAUAUAUCGGAUUGUAUGACCGAUGAACAAUUCAAAAAUAUAAUCACAUGUUAUUAUCCAACGAAACUACUUGAUAUAUGUUCUGAGCGGACUUUAAGGUUGAAUAUUGCAUCGCAUUGGACACAACUUCAAGGCACAUCUGUUCACGACUGUGUUCGGAUAAUUUUAGUUGUCUUACGUAAAUGGCGAUUUUUUGGCUCAUACGUUUGUGAAGCACGAAUGAAAAUGCAUAAUGGCGAAUCGAUUUUUAUAGCACUGAAUGAUCAAGGUGUUCAUCUUCUCACUUACAAGCAACUGGAUCUUAUUCGAAGUUUUCCUUACCAUAGACUGGUUUCGUUUGGUGAAUUUCGUAAUGAUUUUAUGGUAACAGUGGAGAGGGUUUUGCCACCUGCGGCUCAUCCUGAAGAGACCACUAGAGAGCGACUAACAUUUUCAAUGCCAUCGAAAUCUAUUCAUCAGCUAACGUGCCAUUUGUCCGAAUAUAUACGAUGCCAGAAACUUGUAUGGAAACUGUCAACAAAAAAGUUGCGCUUUGCUGUCCAAUAA